GUGAUUAGGGAAGGUGUUUAGUAUUGAUCCAGUAUCUGGUGUUAGUUCUAAACUCGCACCAUAAACCUGCAGGUUGACUUCUUCUUUCCUCUCUGGCGGAAUAAUACCUCUGUAAUCAACAUGCCUAAAAGGAAGUCUCCCGAAGGGGCCGAUGCUAAGGAUGCCCCUAAGGUCACCAAGCAGGAAGUUUCCAAGCAGGAAGUAGUCACCAAGCAGGAAGUCACCAAACAUGAGCCCACCAGAAGGUCAGAGAGGUUGUCAUCGAAACCGGCUCCUCCCAAACCUGUUGAUGUCAAGCCUAAAAAGGCUAUCGCCAAGAAGCCAGUGGAGAAGGUCGACGACAAGGCCAUGAAGGGGAAAAAAGGUGGAGCUAAGGGGAAGAAAGAGGACGGACCCUCCCACAACGGACAGCCCACGACAAAGGAGAUCUGUGUGUCCCGUUCCAGUGUCAGUGUUACUUACUACAGAAGUAUUACCCCCUACUCUACGUCAGUCCGAGGCCAGAGUGAGACAGUCAGAGUACAUGGGGACUGAGGCUGUGGAGGCGGGGUCUGAGGAGGAGAAAGAAUGAAGAGGUGUCGCUGACUCCUCCCUGCCUGGAAAUAAGUGAAGGAUCUUUUUUACGAGGAUUUUGUAAAAUGCUGAAUUUUUUUUAGACAUGUGAUUUUAGGGAAGAUAACCAGCAGCACCCCUACCAUCCAAAUUCCUUUUUGCAGUUCUUUAUUUCUCGCCUCAAUUUUUUGUUUUACACCCCUCCCUCUGCCUUUUCUCGAUAGAUAGAAUGAAGUGACAUGUUUUUAUAAAACGGACGCAAAUAUAUUAUUUAUCUGGCACUGACAUAAACCUCAAGGGUUCCCAUCUCUACCAAUCUCUUCCUUUUUAAAUGGAGAUGUCAUAUCCCCUCGCUGAUGAAGGCUCUUUGUGGUCACAUUACUGUAAAGGAAGUUGCCCCCCCCAUCCAUGACAUUACAGGGGACUGUUAACCCAGGCGUGAGGAAUUGCCAUCAAGAAUAUUUGUGGCUUUUUAGAAAAGUGUUUAGAAUCGCCACUUCUCUGUUUGAAACUCUUGUGUUUUAAUGUGCGUGCGUGUUUGCAUGCGUGCGUGAACCCCCAGUUGUCUGACAGACUGGUGGUGCAUUGAUACAGAGUAGUGCUUCUCUUCUAGAACCUUGGGGCUUCUAGAACUCUGGGUUCCAACCUGCCUGUGGGAAAAACAUUAUUUUGAAAUAAAAACACAAAGUUGA